AUGGCUAGUGGUUCUUCUGAAAAUGCGGCUAAGAUUGAUCCAGUAGUCCUGGAAAUUCAGAAAAAGUUAUAUAAAGACCUUUUAAUACGUCAGGCAAAUAUGAAGAGAGGAAGUAAAUACUGCGAUAUGAAUAUGGAGCCGUUCCCAAAUGAGCGCGACCGUUUGGCAUUACCUUUUACAGAUGAAGAUCGCAUUGCUAGGAAAAAAUACUUGAAGGACCAACUGUUAUCAGAUCGAGAACCAGUUAAUGUGCCAGAGUGGACGCGUGUCAAUAUCUUCCGAAGGUUGUAUAGAAAGCCAUUCGAUGCCCUUACGGAUUUUGUCAGACCUGUUAUAGGGAAAGAAAAUGCUCGUUUUUUCCGAAUUCUCGUACCAAAGUUGACUACGGGGUUGCUGUUAGUGUGGCUCAUUACCUAUCGUGCGAAGUACUGUGAUAACUGGGAAAAGUAUAAUAAAUCAUUGACAGCAAAGGUAUUAGUAAAGCCCAUAAUAUUUCCAGGUGAACCUGGUUUUCCCAAUAAUUCAAGAUUAAAGAAAAACUUUGGAAUGGAAGGUUUCGAUGAGAGAACUGCUUUUCGUGGAGAAAAGUUGGUUACAAGUGGCUGCUGA